CGAACAGAUGGGCUAACAUGAGUUGGCAGUCAAUCAUGGCUCCCUGCUAAAGCAUGUCCGCUCGGAGACGGAGUGCAGCGUGUACAGUUACCCGGUCGGGGUCUCGAGGACCUCCGUAUCAGUGCUUCCCAACACCUCUGCCUCGAGCCAAAUUCCAGCAAGCGCUCGACAUCCAGGAAACAUUCAAUCGGCUUUACUGCUCAGUCGCCGAGGAUGAACAGUGGAUCCACGACGUGAUUCAAGAAAUCAUCCCCGUCGAGCCCCUCGCCGCGGCACUAUGGAGUAUUUAUGAAGCGGCUAGAGAAACCGGAUAUCUCCAGAAUAUUUCCGUAGGGAUCUUCCGUUCGGACUAUAUGCUCCAUUUGAACGAUGGUGUUGAACCUCGGGACCCAGGUGCAGUAUUUGAAACGAGUCUGAAACAGGUCGAGAUGAACACCUUCUCCGCGUCUGGGGGCUCCCAUGCAAACAAAGUGGGAAACAUGCAUCGUUAUCUUGCCCGAACUGGAGUCUAUAAUGGGAGAGACAACUUUUUGAACAUCUCGUCACUCCCAAAGAAUGAGAACAUCGAAUCACUCGCCUCCUGCCUGGCUCUAGCGCAUACCACCUAUGGGAAACCAAGGAGUGAAGAAGCCAGACAGACGGCAGUGUUGAUGAUCGUGCAGCCAAAUAACUUCAACAUAGCAGACGAGCGCCCCAUCGAGUAUGCACUCUGGAACCGAGACGACCCCGUGCCAAUGUAUCGUCUCGAGUUUGGCGCCGAUAUCCUGGAAUACGCCCGGCUUACAGAAGAUCGAGUAUUACUCUUCCACCCACCGUGGCUCGCAUCGACAGAACCCGUGGAAAUCUCAGUGGUGUACCUGCGCGCAGGGUAUGAAGCAGAAGAAUACGAUCACGUCGGCUGGGAAGCGCGAUUGCAGCUCGAGAUAUCAGCGGCGAUUAAAUGCCCUUCUCUCCUCUCUCACAUCACAACCUUCAAGAAAGUUCAACAGGCACUCACCGCGCCGGGGGCACUAGAGCGGUUCCUAUCCGCGUCGGACGCGGCAGCCAUCCGAGAGACAUUUGUACCAGUCUAUCCCUUAGACGAAUCCGAACAGGGUCUGUUCGCCCGAAAGCUAGCAUGCGAUCCAGUCAAAUCAGCCAACUACAUCUUGAAGCCCUCUCUCGAAGGCGGAGGAAAUAAUGUACACGGAGCAGAAAUCCCAGACUAUCUAUCCUCGAUCCCACGAGCACGGUGGUGCUCAUACAUCCUAAUGGAGCGAAUUCAACCGCCGAUCCAGACCAAUCUCCUCAUGGGUCCCGAGACACUGAACAGUGGGGAGACAGUCUCUGAGCUAGGCAUAUUGGGGAGCUGUCUAUGGCAAUCACAAUCCAAGCAAACAUCCGAUCAUCGGUGCCAAAUGAUCCAUAAUUCAGUGGGGGUUGGACCUUCAAGACUAAAUUUGCCGAUGUCGACGAAAUGAGCGUGGUCAAGGGGUAUGGACACUUUGAUACGCCACGUUUGAUGGAUUUUUGAUUGGAUAGGGGGGGUGGUUUGUCCGAGGUACAUCCGAGGUAGGCGAGCGCCGCGUAUAUCAUCACAUUUUCCGCCGGAGCUCGCUCAACCAGGUAUACAGGGUGAAAGGGCUCAUAUAUCAAUGAUACAGAUGAUACUGAUCAAGGGGCAUUUUCUCUUUGAUUUUUCAAGUCAAUCUGAGCUCCAUUGAUGUUUCUCUUAUGCAAUCUUGUACCAUUCACGCCCAAUUGGGCCCUCGAUUAGGAAAUGCAAAUAACAUCAUAAG